CCCUUCCUGCGUCUAAAGAUUACUUUACCAGCCUUCCAUCCGAGUUGAAGAAGAUGAUUUUGAAUGACAUGACGGUCAAGGAUCUCUGUCACGUGGCAUUAUGUAAUCGAUCCUGGAGAGAAGCAGCCAAUCAAGAUGCCCUGUGGCGCCCUCUAUGUCAAGAGAAAGGAUGGGAGCGCUAUGGUACAGUUCAAGAUAUUUGCAAAGAGGUUCCGUUUAAACCUACUUUACAAGAGCAGGAGAUGGGUGAAGGAGGCGCUCCUACAUUCCCAGUCGAUGCGGUUGUAACCGGCUCAGACUGGCCUCAACUCGUGACUACUUGUAAAUGGAAGGAAGUCUACAUGAAGGCAAAGCACCUUGAAGAAAACUGGAACAAAAACCGUUUCUUUGUCGCAACACUUCAGUUUGGCUUAAAGGGAAUCAGGCCUAAGAAAGGCCCAGCCUAUUAUCAAGACUAUGACCCGGAAGAACCGUCCGACCUAGAUGAGGACGAAGUUUAUAUGUCCGACAGUAACGAAUACGAUUCUGACGAUGCUUUUGCACGUACUAGAGAUAAACCGUCCGUCUGCAAUCUGGCAGGCGAAGGAGACUCUCUAGUUGCAGGUAUCAACAAAAGCACGUUGCAGAUCUGGGACGUUUCUCACGGAGAACGUCAACAUGUCAUUGAUGCAUACAUCAGCAACAGGCCCGAAGCCUUGAAGAUGAAGAGCGGCGUCAUAGCUGCAGGAUACGGUGACGGUUCAAUUCGUACCUAUUCCGCCCAAACUGGAGAGCAGCUGCAAGUCAUGUCGGAGCGGCAUCGUCUUACUGUGUCUCGUCUCUUCUUUGAUGGUGACACAAUUGUUAGUGCUGCUACUCCAGAAGGAGUUAGGUAUAGACGUUUCUCAGACAAUGAUAUUUGGGUCUGGAAUGCUGCAGAUGGGGCCCGUCGUUGUAUCCUCAAGAGCGGCUCGAUUCUCGCUGGCCUGGACUACAAGGACAAGAUCAUAGCAGGAAUGUACAAUGGUAAUCUGCUUCGAAUUUGGGAAGCGCGCAGUGGGGCUUGCUUACAUGAGAUCGAUUCAGGUAUUUUGGUACCGAUAUCGUGCCAUCUCGGAGAUGGUAUGGUCAUCGGCGUUUCUACAGAUUUCGUCGUAAAGGUCUGGAACCUGGAAUCAGGGAAGUGCGUCAAGACGUUUGCUGUACCAAUUGAUCCAGAGGAGCAGACAAAUUUCGCUCUAGCGACUUCCUGCGUGUUCAAUGGUCAGCUGCUUGUUGUAUUUUCAAAUUCUUGGGCUGUUACAGUAAUGGAUCUGGACGGAGAGCGAAUCGGGACCUUCAUGACUAGUAACCGUAGUUUCAUGCAACCCGUUUGUUUCCAUGGCAACAAGCUGGUUACAACAUGGUGGUCUUCUGAGGGCUCAUGCUUGUACGGAUUAUGGAUGGUCGACCCUUCGAAGAAAUCUAAAGGCAGUUUCAAGAUCGAUAAGUUCACAGAUUGCCUCAUGGAAGCCAGCCAUUCCUGCAUGUUGGCUUGGAUAAGUGAUACCAAACUGGUCUUCGAGCAGAACCGUCAAAUUGUACUGAGUCACUAUUGGUAAAUUCUAACUCAGCCCGUAGCUAGAAACCCCCGCCAUCAAUAUCAUAAGAUCGCAUUCAGACAUUGUAAGCAAAAAAAACCUAAUUAUAAUUGACAUUUUUCUUUUAAAUCACGUCAAAAAGCGUGUCAUUGUUCACUUUUUAUUUUAUGCAUCAGAGAAUUUGUCGGCGUUUUCACGAAGUGGCGAAAUCCGCCCACACAUCGCAAACACUGCGUUGUGAGGAAAUCGGUUUAAAGUUGGUCACUUUUUGAAACUGUCAUUUCGCCACACUUUUAAUCCAAACUUCAAAAUAGUUUUCAUUGAUACGACAGCUCAUUAGUUAAAUGACAUGACCAAAUACAUAUUUCUGCAAUGGAUGUGUAGUUUAAGUUAAGAGCUGUUAAUUACGAAACGGAUUCGCCACUUCGUGAAAACGCAAAACGCAGAGGUCAGUGGAUUCGCCAAACUUGAAAACGAGGCCAAAAGCACUUCGCGCGAUUCUACGCGCAUGUAUACGCGCACUGUCAGUGAAUACGUUCAAUCAGCGUGGCCGCCUCGGUUUAGAUCGACUAAUGGUGGAACUUGCUAUAUCAUGUGUAAUAGGAUGAAUUUUGUGCCCCCCAUUUUUUCGAAUUCCUAACUCCCCCAGACUUAGGUCAUUCACUUUCUUAGAAGUGUGUGGGUUGCUUGGCAGCGCGUGUGGGCGGUUGGUAGCAGAACUUGCAACCAACCACAAUAGUCCUUGAGGAGGAACUGUAUAAAUUCGGUGGCCAGUGAACUUUCCCUUCACUUGACCACUGAACUGCAAUUAACAGAGACAGGUAGUUGGAAGCACCCAGCUUCACUGUUUAAACUGUCUUCUGUAACCUCCAACUGAACCUGCCAUAUUCAUGUAUUCAUCCUCUGUCCUGCUCUAGGAACAAAGGACACGAGUGCUUAACUGGACAGUUUGCAUUCAUAAACUGACAGCUAGAGAAGGGGUAUAGACAUAUCCUUUUGGACCCCGUUUUCGUCCAGUUGUCUUGCUCUCACUGUUCAAAGUAUUGAGAGCGUCAUCAAGUCAAGUCUCCAAUUCUUCAAGUUUCCCUUCAUCAAGUCAAGUCAAGUCAAGUCUUCAAGUUUCCCUUCAUCAAGUCAAGCAAGUCCCGUCACGUUCCGCAAGUCCCGUCAAGUUCCGUCAAGUCAAGCAAGUCCCGUCAAGAUAGGCCCUUUAGUCAUCCCUUUUUAUAUUCAUUGUAUUAAUUGUAUUAAUUGUUUUGUAAUUAUUAGAACCCUGGGUUUUCUUUUCUUUUGUAAUAUAAAUAUUCUUUAUUGAGGAUAUUUGUAUUAGAUAUACAACGUUUGAAAUCUUAUCCCUUUUUAGACGGAAAUGAAAUAAAACUCACUGGUUUCAAGCAAAAUACACAAGCGUAUAACCGGUAAAAAUUAAUUGUGUCGGCGUAUAGCAUUUGACUAUAUCAUCCCCGCUACACAUGUACUUAUUUUGUACAAAUUAAACACGUUUGAGGAUUGUGGUAUUACAUGUACAAGUUCAAAUGUCAAAAUUGCAGUUUCUUUUAACUGGUAUUGCAUUUCCUGCAAUGUGACCCUGAACAAUAGCUAAUUUCUUAUAUCUUUUCAUUUUAAGGGAGGUUUAUAUGGUUAUGUUGAA